AAAAAAAGCCAAUUGCCCUCUCAAAAUGACUACGACCUCGCCCGGGAGAGACCCUCUCACUGCUUUACCUCCAGAGAUUGUCCUGCGCAUCUUGGAAUUCACGUCGACCUCCGCUCUCGCAUCGUUGACCACAGUCUCCGAGGCCUGGCAUACCUUUAUCGACGUCAUACAUCAAGAAGCCAUCUAUUCCUCCGAAUCGAAGACUAGCCAACCGCCCGGAGGCGCCCGCGAUUUCUCGUACCUGGCGGACAAUACCAGCUUCUCCAAAUUCUUCGAGAACCCUGCAUCAUGGAAGGACGUGUGCAAGCGCCAGACGCUGCUCGCCCGCAACUGGGCCAAUUCGCACCCAGUUACCCGGGAGUCGAUUCUGCAAGUCGGUAACGAUCCUGUCUGGCGGUUCAAACCCGACUUCAAGCGUCGAUUUUUCGUUUCAACGUCCCAGGCUGGUGGGUUGAACGUCACUGAUAUGGACUCGGGCCGGAUCAUCUGGCGACUCCCCUCCACACUGUAUGCCGAUGACAAGGCCGUUCGCCCAUUCGCCCAUCUGGAAUAUCAGGAUGGCAUGGCUGUGUUUGACCGCGAAGGUGAUGCGGUUGAGGUCUGGCAGGCGGAUCUGGAAGGCGCGGAGCGUGGGGAGUUUCGCCGCAUCGCGAUAUUGAAUCAUGAUUGUCAGACGAGAGGGUUUCAAUUGUCUCACUCGACGCUUUGUGUGGUGUCUAGUGAAGGACAAGGUUUCGUGUAUGAUAUGACCCAGCGGCCUCCCAAGUUGACGACGCACCUGGAGAUCGAACAUGGCGGGGUUGGCCAUCUAGACCAGAGCAAGGACGCGGUGGUUUACUCCAUGGGGUCAAAAGGCUAUCAUGUACAUGACAAAGCAUCCGGUGCUUUUCUGGGCGCGCUACAGCCAUCGCAUUGUACGGAAAAAUAUCACAUUCGUGCACCCACCGCCGGCUCUCCUGCGGGUCCAAGCCAUCGAGCCUUUGCUUUCGGACCACCUCGCAGAGACUGCUUGACACCGAUCAAGGUCGAGAAAGGCCCUCUGACGCCGCCCGAUGACCCUGAACACGUUUGGCACCGCGAGAAUGAGUGGGGAGCGGGUAUGUUGCACGGCGACCUCUUUGUCGGUUUCUCCCGCUCUGGUCGUGUCUUCGUUUGCUCUGACUGGCGCAAGGCCGUCCACGACCAAGUCAGUCUGGCGGCGCACAGCUCCCUCCUCGAGUGCGAGUCGGAUGGGGCCACUUUUGACCUUGGCGGCUGGCUGUCAGUGCGCAAUCACCGCCUGAUGUUCGAGAUCCAAGACCGGAUUUACAUCGUUGCGCUUGAUGACAACAACAGGGUUCAAGACGUAGAUCAUGCUGCGCGCGCUUCGUACUCGCUCUUCACCAGCUCCACGUCACGACUUACCGUGCCGGUGAGCUUUAUGGGGUUGUAUGAUGAUGCGAUAAUGACUACUUACGCCACUCUCGGCUGGCACCAACCUCUUCCUAACCUCCCAGGUGGCAUACCACAACAUCAAGGCCCUACCCGCAUCAUUCCGACCAAGACCAUCCGCAUCGUCAGCCUCGCCCCCGAUCUUUCUAACCCGUCUGCCUCACCCCCCCAAGUCGACACGCCCGAAGAAACUCCUGAGCAGCCCUCGGCGACGAACGGAAUUCUGCCGGACCCCAACCAGUUCCUUCCGCCAGCACACAAUCUGAUGAGUAGACAAGCCACGCUGUUGCACUUGCUUGCCAUGCUUCGAGAAGAUGCCGACGAUGAUGAGGACGAGGAUGAACUGGGUGUUACGAUCACAGAUCUCAAUGAUUUCCAAAAUCUGCAUGAUCUCCAUGAUGGUAUCGAUGAAGAGUGGGAGGAUCUCGAUGACCCCGAGGCUGAGCUUGAAGAGCACCAGCAUACGCAUGAGCAUGAGGGACUUUAGGUUGGUUGGAUGUAGGGGCCGAUAUGGUUAUUCUUUCUCGCCUUUACCCCCCUUUUUUUCUAUUUCUUUCUUUCUACUCGAGGUUGUUUUU